UAAAAUGACGGCUAUUAGACCUUUAACGAAGAGGAGGUUAGUGAAGAAGAGGGUCAAGAAGUUUAUCAGACAUCAGUCGGACCGCUAUGUCAAGUUAAAGCCAAACUGGAGAAAACCAAAGGGUAUUGACAAUAGGGUCAGGCGCCGUUUCAAGGGCCAGUAUUUGAUGCCAAACAUUGGUUAUGGUAGCAACAAGAAGACCAAACACGUUUGUCCUGAUGGAUUCAAAAAAGUUCUGAUCCACAACAUAAAGGAGUUGGAAGUUUUACUGAUGCAAAACCGUGUUUUCUCAGCUGAAAUUGCCCACAGUGUCUCGAGCAAGAAACGAAAAGAAAUUGUCGAGAGAGCCCAACAACUGGCCAUCAAAAUUACAAACCCCAACGCUCGACUUCGCUCUGAAGAGCAUGAAUAAAUUAGUGAAAAAUUCUAUAGUUUGCUAGAACCUUAAUAUUAUCUUGACUGAUGUAAUGAAGUUGGCCGUUGUAAUUGAUCAGGGUGGUGCUGUUGAGUUAAAAAAUUUAAAAAAAACACGUUUUUGUUUCACUUUAUUAUAUUCUAAAAAAUUCGAGACAGCAACGAGUUGUGAAAGUUUAAGCAGUCGGUUGUACGUAAGGCAUUGAGAUCCGAAGUUAUAUCCGCGUAGGAAAAGUUGUCAUUUUUUAGCUUUUAGAUAAAUAAUACCGAUAUAAUUUCCAAUGAUAACUUAUUAUAAUUGAUAAAUAUUUAAAAUAAUCUCGGGACGUGGCAUUUGAACUUGUAAUGCUCCGGUAGUUGGUCGCUUGUCUGGUUCUG